AUGACAUGCUAUCAUGACGGUAAGAAAUUGUGCGGCACCUGGUUCCAACAGAAUAAGACCAGAACACCUGAAGAGCCUUCCGCCAGUACUCAUCGACACCCUGGCGAGGCUUUUUACACGUUAUCUGUCGGAAUGCAAGGAUUGAAAAAGUCUUGGAUGAAGGACAGCCAUGCGAGCAAGCAGGGUUUCGAAAAAGAUUCAGCACGAUUGACCACAUUCACACUGUUUCGAAACUCAUCGAGUAACUUCACGACCGAAGUUGCGCCAUUCUACAAGAAUAUCAUCAUUGAUGUGAAGAGGAGGGUCCGACAGGGUGAAACAAUCUCACCCAAAAUAUUCACAGCCACCCUCGAGAACGCAAUGCGAAAGUUGGAUUGGGACGACAUGAUAGUGAAUGUUGAAUGUCGCCAGAUACACUAUUUACGCUUUGCUGAUGACAUCGUACUGAUAACACCUAGCAUCAGCCAAGCGGAACGAAUGCUGACCGAGUUCGACGAAACAUGCGGAUGUAUCGGUCUACAGCUGAAUCUGCAAAAGACGAUGUUCAUGCGUAACGGAUUAGUCUCGGGUCCCCCAUUUACCCUCAACGGAACGAACAUAUCCGACUGCACCAGCUACGUUUACCUUGACCCCGGAGCUGGAAGAAUCAAACGAGCGGCUUGGGGAGCGUAUAAGAGCAUCGAGGAUGUAGUGAAGAAUACCAAGAACACUCGGCUCCGUGCUCACCUCUUCAAUUCCACAGUACUUCCUGUUUUGACCUAUGCUUCCAUUUUGCUGCCUAUUCUUUGCCCUUCAGAAACCUGGAUACUUUGCAAGGAGGAGGAAAGUGCGAUCAGCAUCAUUGAACGCUCAAUCGAAAGAGUGAGCGAUUUCCUCGUUUGGACGUUUAUCCGUUUGCCAUUUUAUGAGUGCAAUAAUGCUACAGAGGGGAGCCAUCGUGUCUCUAGAGGCUAUACGACAAUGGUUGUCUCAGCGCAUGCUCAGAAAACAAGAGUUGAAGCUGGAGUUGUGGAGGCGGAAGAUGAGGAAGCAGACUUCUUUCAAGAUGUUGAGCAGUUGCAAAAUCACGGAAUUAAUAUGGCAGACAUCAAGAAGCUACAGUCUGUUGGGAUUUGCACCGUAAAAGGUGUAAUGAUGACAACGAAGAAGCGCUUAACUGAGGUUAAAGGUCUCUCGGAAGCGAAAGUGGACAAAAUCAAAGAAGCAGCCUGUAAGAUCAUGAAAAACGGUUUCAUGACAGCGUUGGAGCUGUGCGCGAAGCGCAAACAGUGCUUCAGGAUUUCGACAGGAAGCCUAGAAUUCGACAAGCUACUUGGUGGUGGAAUUGAGAGCCAAAGUAUCACUGAAGUUUUCGGAGAAUUCCGAACUGGAAAGACUCAGCUUUCACAUACAUUAUGCGCCACGUGUCAACUGCCAAAUGGUAACUAUCGUGGAGGGAAAGUAAUCUUCAUUGAUACAGAACACACAUUCCGUCCUGAACGACUUCGACCAAUUUGUGACAGAUUUAAUAUCGACCAGGAAGCAAUGCUCGAAAACGUUUUGUAUGCUCGCGCUUUCACGUCGGAUCAUCAGAUGGAGUUGCUUGACUACGUUGCCGCAAAAUUUCACGAAGAAAUGGGUGUCUUCAAACUACUAAUUGUCGACUCGAUUAUGGCUCUGUUCAGAGUUGAUUAUUCCGGUCGCGGUGAGCUUGCCGAGCGACAGCAAAAAUUGGCUCAAAUGAUGAGUAGAUUGCAGAAAAUAGCAGAGGAAUACAAUGUAGCAAUAUUUAUAAGCAAUCAAAUGACAGCAGACCCAGGAGCAGCUGUAACUUUCCAGGUAGAUCCAAAGAAGCCGAUUGGUGGGCAUAUUCUCGCCCAUGCGUCGACCACACGUAUAAUGCUGAAAAAAGGUCGUGGCGAAACCCGUAUCGCAAAGAUUUACGAUAGUCCUGACAUGCCUGAAAAUGAAGCUACUUUUGCCAUUACAAAUGGUGGUAUUGUCGAUGCGAAGGAAUGA